AUGAUACGGGAAAGAUUAAAAGCCGCCCAAGAUAGACAGAAGUCGUACGCCGAUCCAGGGAGAAGGCCAGCUGAGUUCCAAGUGGGCGAUAAGGUGUUACUAAAGGUGUCUCCCACUAAAGGGGUAAUGAGAUUUGGAAGAAAAGGAAAGCUAAGCCCUCGAUUCAUAGGGCCAUACGACAUAGUAGAGAGGGUUGGGAUGGUAGCUUAUCACUUAGCCCUACCCAUGGAGUUAGAAAAGGUACAUGAUGUGUUUCGUGUCUCACAGCUAAAGAAGUAUAUCCCGGACAUAUCCCAUGUGAUCCAACCUGAAGAAGUGGAGCUUGAUGAGUCCCUCACGUACGAGGAAAAAUCAACCAAGAUCCUCGAUCACAAGACCAGAGAUACGAGAAGAAAGAAAGUAAAACUAGUCAAAGUCUUGUGGUCUAACCAGUUGUCUGAGGAGGCCACUUGGGAGACUGAGGAGGAAAUGAGGAGCCAUUAUCCAGCCCUCUUCAAUCAAGGUAACUAG